AUGGCGGAUCCUUACAACCCGUACACUUCAUACUCAACACCGGCUCCGGGCGGGGUCAGUUACUAUCCUCCAGAGGACCAGAGAAAUCAACCUCCUGCAUAUGCGUAUCAACAGCAGCCAUACCAGCCGCCGUACACUGAGGCAGACGGGCAACCGGAGCCAAACUACACUUAUGCAGCGCACCCGAGCCCAUACCACCUCACGCCGGAGCCCUAUCAGGGCGGUGCAGCAGAGCGAAGUUACACUCCUGUGGGGCAGCCUGAUCACCUCGGCCCAGUGACGAAUGUAGGAAUGCCUCCUGUACAGGGCGACAAAGUUCCAGAGAAUAUGGGCUACUACGGCGGCCACCCGGCGGACCAACCACGAUUUACUCCCUCUCCCAGCCCUCACCCACCCUCAGUCCAUGUGUCCAAAGCAGAAGAUCCUCAGGGCUAUGAUCGAGGAAGCCGCCCCUCGGAGACUGAUGCUGACCUUGGAAGCGAACGUGGAAUGGGAGCUACUUUGGCGGGUGGUGCAGCAGGAUAUUUCCUCGGGCACAAGAAAGAACACGGUCUUCUUGGUGCAAUCGGUGGCGCGAUAGUGGGCAACCUGCUGGAAAACAAAAUGAAGGACCAUGGCCGGCAUGAGCAUGGACAUCACCAUGAACAUUUGUCUGGGCAUGGACAUCAUCACCACCAUCAUCACCGACAUGGUCAUAGCCAUAGCCGCAGUCGGAGCGGCUCGCGACAUCGCGGGGAGAACGAUUUCUAA